UUCUUUUUCUACUGGCAAGGUAAAUUAUUUUUUUUAGGAGGUAGAAUAGGAAAGUCAGGUAAAGAGGGCCCACAGACCCUCAUCCCCACCUCCUUCUCAGCCCUUCUCCCCGCCCCUUCCUUCCUGUCCCAUUAGUUUAUAACUUCUCUCCCCGGUGGCUUUACCUCAGAAACUUGAGUAGCCAGAGAUGGGGACUGAGCCCGCAGAACAGGUCUCCUGGGGACCCUACUCUGGGGAGGAUGAGGAGGCAUAUUCGGUUGAGCCCUUGCCAGAGCUCUGCUACAAGGCGGACGUCCAGGCCUUUAGUCGCGCCUUCCAACCCAGUGUCUCCCUGACGGUGGCUGCACUGGGUCUGGCCGGCAAUGGCCUGGUCCUGGCCACCCAUCUGGCGGCCCGACGUGCUGCCCGCUCACCCACCUCCGCCCACCUGCUCCAGCUGGCCCUGGCCGACCUUCUGCUGGCCCUGACCCUGCCCUUUGCCGCAGCCGGGGCUCUGCAAGGCUGGAGUCUGGGAAGUGCCACCUGCCGUGCCAUCUCUGGCCUCUACUCGGCCUCCUUCCACGCCGGCUUCCUCUUUCUGGCCUGUAUCAGCGCCGACCGCUACGUGGCCAUUGCGCGGGCCCUCCCAGCUGGACCGCGGCCCUCGGCGCCCGGCCGUGCACACUUGGUCUCAGUCAUCGUGUGGCUGUUGUCGCUGCUCCUGGCGUUGCCCGCUCUCCUUUUCAGCCAGGAUGGGCACCGGGAAGGCCAGCGGCGCUGUCGUCUCAUCUUCCCCGAGGGCCUCACGCAGACGGUGAAAGGGGCGAGCGCCGUGGCGCAGGUGGUCCUGGGCUUCGCGCUGCCACUGGGCGUCAUGGCGGCCUGCUAUGCGCUGCUGGGCCGCACGCUGCUGGCCACCAGGGGGCCCGAGCGCCGGCGCGCGCUGCGCGUCGUGGUGGCCCUGGUGGCGGCGUUCGUGGUGCUGCAGCUGCCCUACAGUCUCGCCCUGCUAUUGGAUACUGCCGACCUCCUGGCGGCCCGCGAGCGGAGCUGCCCCGCCAGCAAGCGCAAGGAUCUGGCACUGCUGGUGACCGGGGGUUUGGCCCUAGCCCGCUGCGGCCUCAACCCGGUGCUCUACGCCUUUUUGGGCCUGCGCUUCCGCCAGGACCUGCGGAGGCUCCUCAGGGGAGGGGGCUGCAGUCCAGGGCCUCACCCCGGCGGCGGCCGCUGCCCCCGCCGGCCCCGCCUUUCUUCCUGCUCGGCUCCCACUGAGACCAACAGUGUCUCCUCCUGGGACCACUAGGGCUGCGAAUCAAGAGGAUGGGGCGGGCUGAGGAAAUGUUUCCAGGGAGAGUAGUGGGAAGGGGGAGUCGGUGGGGGGCACUGAGAAAGAGGUAGGGACCUAAGGAAUUGCUUCUGUACUUUGGCACAUUAAAUAGAGGACAUGGAAAUGA